UAGCUGUCAGAAAGUUUGAGUCAGUUCGAGUUUUUCAUCGGUCGGUCGUCGUCGCGAGUUGGCGAGUUUCUGCGGAUUUCCACGGGAAAAUUGGCCUCCAGCAAUCCUGGAAAAUCGGUUCUGCGGUCCUCCGGAAGUGUGUGCGUGACUCGUCGGUCCGGAAAAUGUAUCACAGUUGACUAGCCGUCUAGAAAGGAAAAAUAUCGAAUUAAAAGUAAAGUGGUGCCCCGUGCGUGUGAUUGAGAGGAAAAGCUCGAGCGUCGAAGGUUUUUUCUUUCGUUUUUGGUUUUUUUUCGCUGGUGGAAAGUGGAAUUUUCAUUGAGUUCUAAAGAAUUAAUGAUAAAGAUAUAUCGAAUAGCGCAUGAUGUCGAAUCCAUCACAAUAUUAUGGAAUGGCGAACGGAUACCCUCCGGUAGCGAACGGUCCAGCAAUGCACCAGCCACAACAAUAUCCGCCCCCACAGCAGCAGCAGCAACAGCAACAACAACAAUAUCCAGUGAAGACCGCCCUAAUGAAUGGACCAUCGUCACAGCAGCAAUACGGUGCACCGCCAGUGGCAGCCGUUGCUCCCCUCCAGAACGGACCACCACCGCAGAUGUUGAUGGGUCAGAAGGUGCCACCUCCGUUCAACAAUACUCAGCAGCAAAACAACCGAGUGGCGAAUUUGGUUUCGAAUGGCAACAGUGCCACCUCGUCACGGACAUCGUCCCCAGCGCUAGUUAACAACAACAUCCCGGCGUCGCAGUUGCCACCGCGCUCCGUUCCCCCGGGUGUUACGUAUCAACCGCCUUCUAGUCAAAGUCAGACGACACCCGUUGUUAGCAGUAAUUACCAGCUGAGCCCAAACAACAACUGGGCGAGUGGGAUCAACACGAGUAACCAGGUCAACACACCGCCCCGAACCGCGUCUGGCCUCUCGACUCCACUGAAUGCGUCCACGCCAACGGUGAAUGGACCGAGCGCCGUCAACAACCUCACGGCCAGCAUGCAAAAUCUGGCCGUGAAUCGACCCCACUCGGCGCAGCAGGUUAAUCAUCUCAACGGUUCCGGAACUCCACAACCUCCGCCGACGGUGCCCGCUAGCAGUUACCAGAACCAACUGCCACCGUCACAGCCGACGUCCAUGAAGCCAAAUGUCCAGCAAGUUCCCCAAAUGCCACCCACGACUUACGGCCAGCCGCAGCCUCAACUAAACCAACAGGGACGCCCCAUCAACGGCAACUAUGCGCAACCAUCGCAACAACCUCCCGCAGGCCAACACUACCAGCCAGGAAUGCCUCCAAUUUCUUCCGCUGCCCAAACUUCAACUCCACUCAACAAAAGGCCGCUCUAUCCGUCGCAACCAAUGGCACCUACUCAGCAGCAGCAGACCAACAACUACUACCCGCAACAGCAGCAGCAGCAGCAACAACUUCAUCAACACCAGCACCAUCAACAUCAGCAGCAGCAGCAGUACCAGCAGCAAGACCCGCAGUACAACGUGGUCAAGAGUGGGUUCAACCGGCUCUGGGGCAACAACACGAUGGAUCUGCUCCAGAACCGGCACGUUCUGCCGCCGGGCAAGGUGCGGCCGCCCGUCAUCCACCUGAACCAUCCGUUCCAGGAGGCGGUCAACUGCAAUCCGGACAUUUUCCGGUGCACGCUGACCAAGAUUCCGGAAACGAAUCAGCUGCUGCAAAAGUCGCGACUUCCGCUGGGCGUGCUGAUACAUCCGUUCCGGGAUUUGAACAAUCUGCCGGUGAUCUCGUGCAACACGAUCGUGCGCUGCCGGACCUGCCGGACGUACAUCAACCCGUUCGUGUUCUUCGUGGACAGCAAAAAGUGGAAGUGCAAUCUGUGCUACCGGGUGAACGAAUUGCCGGAAGAGUUCCAGUACGAUCCGGUGACGAAAACGUACGGAGACCCAACGAGGCGACCCGAGGUCAAAUCCAGCACGAUCGAGUUCAUCGCUCCGUCGGAGUACAUGCUCCGACCACCGCAGCCGGCGAUCUACCUGUUCCUGCUGGACGUUUCCUCGCUGGCCCAGCAAACCGGCUAUCUGCACACGGUGUGCCGGACGCUGAUAGAGCACCUGGACAGUCUGCCGGGCGAUGCGCGCACCCAGGUGGGCUUCAUCGCGUACAACAGUGCGAUCCACUUUUACAACAUCGCCGAGGGGUACAAUCAGCCGCACGAGGUCACGGUGCUGGACGUCGAUGACGUCUUUCUUCCCUACCCGGACAAUCUGCUGAUCAAUCUGAAGGAGUGCAAGGAGCUGGUUAAGGAUCUGCUGACGCAGCUGCCGAAGCGGUUCGAGCACGCCCACGAUACGCACAGUGCGCUCGGGGCGGCACUGCAGGUGGCCUACAAGAUGAUGUGUCACACCGGAGGACGCGUUACGGUGUUCCAGACUUGUUUACCUAACCACGGACCAGGUGCUUUGCAGUCGAGGGAGGACCCAAAUAACCGCUCCUCGAAGGACGUGGCCCACCUCGGACCGGCGACAGAUUUCUACAAGCGCCUCGCGCUCGACUGCUCCGCCCAGCAGAUUGCGGUCGAUUUGUUCUUGUUAAAUAGUCAGUACUGUGAUCUAUCCACUAUGUCUGGAAUCAGCAAGUUUAGCGGCGGCUGCAUGCACCACAUCCCGCUGUACUGCGAGUCCAAGCCGCAGCUGGUCAAGACGCUGCAAAAGUGCUUCGAGCGGUACCUCACGCGCAAGGUGGGCUUCGAGGCCGUCAUGCGGGUUCGGUGCACGCGCGGACUCGCGAUCCACACAUUCCACGGCAACUUCUUCGUCCGGUCGACCGAUCUGCUGUCGCUGCCCAACGUGAACCCGGACGCGGGCUUUGGAAUGCAGAUCACGUACGAGGAAAGUUUAGCCGAGUGCAAAACGGUGUGCUUCCAGGCGGCCCUACUCUACACGAGCAGCAAAGCCGAGCGGCGGAUCCGCGUACACACGCUGUGCAUCCCCGUUACGGCCAGCCUGUCCGAGGUGAUGUACUCUGCGGACUCGCAGUGCAUCGUCGGGCUGCUCUCCAAAAUGGCCGUCGAUCGCUCGCUCACGUCCAGUCUGUCCGAUGCCAGAGAUGCCUUUAUCAACGCGACCGUCGACAUCUUCAGCGCGUUCAAGAUCGCGCAGAACCUGCCCCAGAAUUCCGGCUCGAUCGUGGCCCCGGAGAAUCUCUCGCUGCUGCCGCUGUACAUACUGGCGCUGCUGAAGCACACCGCCUUCCGGGUGGGAACGAGCACCCGGCUCGACGAUCGCGUCUUUGCGAUGAGCGAGAUGAAGACGAUGCCGCUGGACCAGCUCAUCCGGUACAUCUAUCCGGACUUUUACGUGCUCGACAGUCUGUUCCACUCGGCAACGCAGGAGCACAGCGGAAACGGGGAGGCGCACCUGGUGGAACCGCCCCGGUUGCAGCUGUCGGCGGAAAAGUUCGACUCACGGUCCAUGUUUCUGCUGGACUGCGGUCCGACUAUGUACAUCUACGUGGGAUCGAAUGUGGCGCCUGAUAUUUUGAACCAGGUCUUAGGAGUUAACACCACGGCGGAGAUUCCGGACUUUUGCAUCGAGCUGCCGUCGCGGGAAACGCCGGCGAGCGAGGCGCUAUUUGCAUUUAUCGACACCCUCAACGAGGACAAACCGUACCCGGCGUACAUACAGGUCAUUAGAGACACAAGCCAAUUCCGGUCGCUGUUUGUGGAAAAGUUCGUCGACGAUCGGAACCAGAGUUCACUGUCCUACUACGAGUUCCUGCAACAUCUGAGAACGCAGGUGAAGUAAAUGCUGCGCGCACGAUGCGUGUAGCAGAGGUAUAAAGUAACAACGUGAAGGGAACGCAAUUGGGGGGACGCAAAGUUUAAGGGUAAACAACAAUUUAUACAGUAGAGAUGCAUUAUCAAUGGGCCGAGAAGCGAGAGGGCGCCAGUUUUUAUCCACAUCUGCGGAAACAGGACAUAACGCUGUAGUUAAUUGUGUAUAUUUAAUAAAGCGAGAGUAAAUAUAAUCUAGCUAAUCAACGGUUGAAAGUGUAAAGAGAAACAACAAAGAUAUAUAUUAAAGAUAAUAAAAGAAACUGAAACUGUCGUAGAUAAAUGCAAAAAAGGCUAACACAACACAACACACACACUCAUUAAUUUCUUUGACGACGACUGCGAACAUUUUCUUUCUAUCGACAAAUAAAAUAAUGCUAAAAAUGUUUGGAAAAAAUAAAUACGGAAACAGAUCCCAAGCCACGGGAUGGUGGGAGAAAGAAAAUGUAAUCAAUUAUAAAAUUGUAAGAUUAACCCUUUAUACCCCAUGAAAGAAAGCAUAGAUUUAGAGUAGCAAUUAUCCCAAUUAUUUAAUCUUACUACGAUGUUGAGCGAGCGAGCGAGAGAGAGAAUGAGAGAGUUGUGUUUUUCAAACCAUACCGUUGCAAGUCGAAACAUUUAAUAGGGCGUUCGAUUUUUUAAAUUAUACGAUAUUCCUGAUCAAGUUCCAAAAAUUCUACCGUAGAAGUUUAAUAACAUUGCAUCUAAAUUAUUUAAUUCUGUCGCUGAAAAGCGAUUCCAAAAGCAUCCUAAAGGCAGACCAUUUUGGACAGAAGGAAGGGUUUGGUGGAGUGUGAUUGGUAUUAGUGUAUGUUUUUUUUGUUUUACGUAAGUUUUGUAUAGUUACAUGUUACACAGCUCAUUUACAGUUCUUGGAACCGUGGUCGUAACUAGCUAAGAAAAUGCUAUUGUUUCCUUUUUUGUUUGUUGGUUUAGUCUAAGCCGGUAUGUUUCACAUAGCAUACAACAAAUUUAUAGAUUGCAGGUUAGAUAAGCGAAGAAGAGGAAGAAUAUGAAUAAGUAGGAAGGAAAACCAGCAGUCAAAGAGUGGGAGAAGGUGUGAAAACGUGAAGUAUUUGGUGUAUGCAUGAUGUUAAUUAUAAUCAAAUCUUAUGAAGAUAUAAGUUAUCGAAAGUAAUAAAUGAAUUAUGACCUCACA